AUGUUGCACCAUCUCUCUUGGGAGAUCUUCCAGUCCAGCAAAUUUGAUCUUCUAGACGAAGUCGAGAUUAUCAUUUGGGGACAUUCAAUUGGUGCUGGCUUCACUGUCCUUUCACUUCAGAAAGCACUCGACAUCUUUGAACGUGAUGUUGCAGGGGCUCAUAUUCGCGUGCAUAUACGGCUGGUGCUCGAGACGCCCUUCGUCAAUACCAGGAGCGUCUUGCAUGAACUGUAUCCGCAGAGAUGGCUUCCUUAUAGAUACCUCGGACCCUUUCUGAAGACCAAAUUGGACAUGGCCCGGGCUUUGGAGGGUCUUACAUUAGACCAGCUGAAGCGAGUCAAUCUCAUAAGCGUACACAUCAUUGCAGCGGGCGAUGAUGAGAUCCUUGGAGCCCCUAAAGGAUUGCCAGCCCAGGUACAUCAACUGAUGCAAGCCAAGCUCGGUUCGCAGGGUGCGUAUGUCACUUUCGAUGACAUAAAAGGACUCCAUGCCAGUCUCUUGACGAUGACAUCGUUUCAGAGCCGGCUAGCACAAAGACUGACUGAAAAAGGUGCUUCAUAA